AUGGAGGAUUUAGCUGGGCCAAGGCUGUAUGGCUGCUACAAGUGCCAGAACCAUGUUUGCUGUCAUGAUGAUAUUGUCUCCAAAGAUUUUCAGGCAAGCCGGGGCAGAGCGUUUCUGUUCUCCCAUGCAAUGAAUGUGGUUGUAGGGCCUACAGAGGACCGACAUCUCAUCACAGGCCUGCACUCAGUUGCAGAUGUACACUGCUGUGAUUGUAAGGAGGUGUUGGGCUGGAAAUAUGUAAAAGCCUAUGAGGAAUUGCAGAAGUACAAAGAAGGAAAGUUUGUUCUUGAAAAAUUUAAGAUUGUCAAGGUGAAUUGGUAG